AUGGCCCGCGAAGGAACCCGCUCCCAGACCGGCAACUCCAAGCCGCGCGUCUUCCCCGUCGUCGACACUGCUCCUGUUCGCAAGCAGACCACGACGGCCCCCGCUACCGCGAAGAAGCCCAAGACCACUUCCACCGCCUCCAAGGCUGCGAAGCCCGUCGGCGUGACCAAGAAGAAGGCCGCCGCCGCUAAGAAGGGCCCUUCCGUCGCUACCAAGGCAAAGUCGGUAGUGAAGAAGGCCGAGACCAAGGCUGCUGCCGCCACCAAGGCCGGCAAGAAGGAGACCAAGCCCAAGACCGCCAAGGCCAAGGCCACGCCUGCCGCCGCCUAA